AUGCGAUUCCAGUGUGUCCAAGUCCUACUCCUCGUUUUCGUCGUUGCGCGCAUCGAAGGCUUAACUGGAGCCGAUGGCGCCCUCAAGCAAAAGUCCAUGCUCAAGAAACCGUCGAACCUUGCCGUGGUGAAGAAGUUAUCCGGAAAGAAUCUCUGCAUCGGCAAAAUCCAGAUUCCUGUGGGGCAAAAAGUUGAUAUUACCAAACUGAAGACUGCCUCGGGGAAGACGGUUGAUCUCUCCAAGUGGGCAAGAACCCCACGCAGCUCUCAGCGAAACAAGUGUCAGAUGUGCAAUCGUUCAUCAAAAAGCACCCGGAAGAUGGACUAA